CCUCACUCACUCUACGAACAAGCUUCCAUUUCUUUCUUGAGUGAGAAGGGCAGUGUAUCCUACCGACUGACUGAGAGAGAAGAUGGUGGCAGCAAAGGCCUUCCUCGUUAUCACCCUAUUGCUCCUUGUAGCCACCCUACUUGUCUACACAGCAGACUGCAAAGAGCAGGUGGACGCGAAACAACAGAUUCAAGAGCAAGCUCAUGGGGGUGGAUGCAAAUACGGUUGCUGCAAGAAAAGCCCACACGGCUGCACGAAGUGUUGCCCUCAUCCUACAGAACAAGGAGAAGUAGUAGUGGAGCCCGAAGCUGGGUCGCACUGCAAGCACGGGUGCUGCUACAUGUAUCACCAUGAGUGCAGGCGCUGCUGCGCCCACUCUAAUGAGGCCAAGUUCGUCAUUGACGAUCAUGAUGUUGCAAACACACAGGCAGAACAAGGCCACGGACACUGCAAACAUGGAUGCUGCCACAUGGAUCACGGCCACUGCAAGCGCUGCUGCUCCCACGCUAAUGAGGCCGUCGUCAUCGAAGAACCCUAAGAUAAUAUCACCACCUUUACUAAAUAAAUCAGGAGGUCUACCUAUCUAUGUAUGAUUUAAGGUCUUAAAGAGUGGUAUUUGAGAAUAAAAGGGCCAGAAAAGCGAGUCUUAAGUGAGCCCAUCGUUGCUGAAUGCAACCGUGUGUCUGUCUCUAUCCGUUGUAAUGAAGGAAACAAUCACGUCAUGUGGCCUUAGUUCCAUGGUGCUAUUAACUAUACUGUCUGUUGUCUUAA